CUCUGCCUUCAGAGGAUUCAGUGUGAACCACGCCAGACGCGCUUGACAACCCUGAAGAAAAUUGCGUGUAUGCUAAUGGGUGCAAGCUGCUGGUUCCACGCCGGUCAUUGUCCAGUGAUUAGGUAGAUUUUCGCUGCCAAAGACUAUAUAAACAUCUUCACGUGACAGAUUGAAUUCCAAGGCUUUGAUUUCACAAUUCAGCAAUUUCUUCACAACUUCGAGAAGUUUCGCUCGAGCUGGACGUUCGGUAGCCAGGUCCUGAGAGUGUAGUCGACAUGGUUCUCGCUCACCGGCGGUCACGUGUUCCAUCGCCGCUAGUUGUGACUUUGACUCUGCUCAUUUUUCAUUGUCUGUCUUCUGUAUAUUCGGUACAUUCUCAAAAGUCUGACUGCUACCCGGAAUUGCCAGCACCCACACUGGGAGCAAUGCAGCAGCAGAAACUGCAUCUUUGACCCUGACCCUUCACCCGGGCAGCCUGCCUGUCACCGGGAUGAUCAAAACGAGCCUCUGGAUGACGAUGGAAGCCAGCACCGCGUCCCAGACUUACAUCGUCAAUGGGAUGAGCGUGGACGAGGCUGCUGUGUCGCGGAUAGACUGUUGGCCUGAGCGGCAGGGCGGGGUGGAUCUACCCACAGCAGACAGCUGUCAGAAGAGAGGCUGCUUGUACCAGCCACACACCAACCCCACCAUCCCGGCCUGCUUCUUUCCUCAGCAAAACUACGGAUACAGUGUCGAUGGACCUUGGGAGAAAAAGGAAAAUGGGUCUGAGGGUUCAUCUUCGUCGAGUGGGCACCGGACCGUUCGGAGAUGACCUUCCCCGCAUCGUCUUUACACUGGAGGACAGUACGGUGA